UCUCUUCCAACGAUACUUCAAAAUUAAACUUUUUAUUUAUUUAAUGUAGUAAUUGUGGGAUUGGUCAUUGGAUCUAAGGUUUCACUUGUUUGAUAUAGUCGAUUCAACCCUGAAGAAAUGGUUUGGUUCAAGUAAGGUUUUCUUACUAUCAAUAAAAAGAAGGGUUUUGGGAAGUUUAAAGAAAAAGUAGGGUAGAUUUGUGAUGCAACAAUACAUUUUUGUGGGUGCUUGUGGGGGCUAACAUAUUUGUUUCUUUUCUUCUUUUCCCUUUUCAAUUAUUAAAAUUCAUUGUCUCGUGCCAGAUAAUAACCACGUACACAACUGUUAGACAGAUGAUAUCAAGGUAUAUAAAUAUGGUAGAGAUUGUUCCAGUUUGUUAUCUUUUUCAUUUUCUUCUUCAUUUCUCAGCAUAUCUUUGUAGUAGUAGCCAUGGAAACUUCCCAGCCUAUUUCAAUUGAAAGUUUUUCAUACAGAUGGUUAGUAAACUUGAAGCCAUCUUUAGAAAGCCUUGACAAUUCCCUCAGGGCCUCAUUUGAUGCAUGUGAUGAAGCUGCCUUCAUUGAAAUGGACCCAAGAAUGCCACCAUCUAAGAGAUUCAUUAGAAAUUCCCAGGCUGACUUCAAGUUUGAUUUCCCAAGCUCACAAACUCCAAUUGCUCUUGUUGAUGCUGAUCAGCUUUUCUCCAAUGGCUAUGUAAUGCCACUCUUUGUUGAUCAACUGAAGAUGGAGGCAUAUCAGGUCUCGGAUUCAUCUCUACCCCUGCCUUCUACCUCUUCACAUGGAUCAAAGCUUGUGGUUCCAGCUUGUAAGAGAAGAUGUUCGUCCUUGAGAAGGUGUCGAAAAGUGUCCAAGAGGAUAUUUCAGAAGUAUUUGGAUUUUCUUAGGCCAUUGUAUCAAAGAAUUCGUGGGCACAGGUCAAAUUCCAGAGCUGAAACUGGUGACAGAAGAGUUCAUGUGAUGAACACCUGGGUAUAUUCUGCAGAAACAACUCCUCGAGUAAGCGUCGCUUACUCUGCUGAUGAUUGGCGGAAAUCUUGUGAUUCUGAAAGCUCCAUUUAUGAGGCAGUCCUCCAUUGUAAAAGAUCUUUCGGAAAAUAAAUUGAAGCUUUCUGUCCAACAAAGGAACAAGAAAAAGAAAGGAACAUGUGAAGAAGAUGGGAAACGGCAACUUAACUACUUAUGUUUCUUGUCCUUUAUCAUCAUUUCUCAUUGAGAUGAUAAUGUAAAUUUGUCCUAUAAGGGAGUAGAUAGAAUAUAGAAGCUGUUAGGGGGGCCUGGUCGGCAAUGGAGCCUCUGUGGCCAUGCCUGAACCUGUGGGUGAGAAUCAUAUUAAUCAAAAUAUCGAUUAUUACAA